UUUAGACAAGUCGACCACGGGGAGUAGUCUCCCCGAGUCAGGUGACUUGAUUGUUUAUGUUGAUUUGCUGGUGCUUCUUGUUGCGAGAUAUUCAGUGGGGAGGUUGUUUACGUUAAACCAAAAGGGUGCUGCAUGUCUACAAGGUUCUGUUGUGAGGCAUGUGAUUUUCAGUUGGUACCAAGCGUUCAGAGAAUCCUGCGCCGUCGGUGCGUACUAUUGCGCAUUUCCAGACCGAGGAUGAGCACCCUUGUGGAAGCCAUCACAGCAGGGGAUUGUGGGAGGGUGAAACAACUGAUUGUGGACAAACCUCCUGGUCAGGAGGAUGUGGAAGAAGGGCUUUUCGCUGCUUGUGCUGCUCCCUGCGAAGUUUGUGCAGAAGUCAUGCUGCAUGCAGGGGCUUCCCCUGACGCUCACGAUCCUGAUUACUACACACCGCUCACAAUCGCAGCAAGUCGUGGUGCCAUCAGAGUCUUGCGGCUGCUUUUGGAAUGGGAUAGUCAGCAGGUGAAUUUGCCAGCAGGUCCACAGAGUAACACAGCUCUACACCUGGCGGCAUCCGAAGGUUACCUAGACUGCUGUCAGUCCUUAUGUGCUGCAGGUGCUAAUGUCAAUGCCCAGAAUAUGCAGGAAGACACACCCAUGAUUUUAGCAGCCAUGCAUGGCCACCUUCCCAUUGUACGCUACUUGUUACAAAAUCAUGCAUCUAUCCGCAAGCGUGGGUAUCAUGAACGUACUGCCUUACACUGUGCUGCUGAAAAUGGCCAUCUCAGUCUGUGCAGGUUCCUUGUCAGUGCUAAGGCAGAUCUGGAGGAAGAGGAUACAUUUGGCAACACACCACUCAUCUGUGCAGCUGAAAAAGGGUUGGCUGAGCUAUUGCAGCUGCUUCUGGCCCAUGGCUGUGAUGUCAACCGAAUGAGCCACAGUGCAGCCACAGCCCUGCACUAUGCUGCACAGCACGGGGCCACCCAUUGCUGCAAGCUGCUUCUUGAGGCAGGAGCUGAGAUAGAUGCACAGGACAUCAGACGCUUCACACCCUUGAUGAUGGCAGCACUUAAUGGGCAUGUCGACGUAGUCAGACUGCUGAUUGAGUGGAAGUGCAAUGUCAAUAUGGCUGCCUAUAAUCGACGUACUGCCUUGCAUCUGGCUGCGGAACGUGGCAAGCAAGAAUGUUGUGAGCUACUGCUGGACGCUGGGGCAUGCAUCGAUUCCCAGGAUGCUUUGGGUGCCUCUCCACUUCACGCUGCAGUCAUGAAAGGACAGUUGCAGGUGAUGCAGUUUCUUAUAGCCAGUGGUGCUGAUACAACACGCAGACCUAACAAUGGCAACACCCUGAUACACUUAGCGGCAGCUGGAGGAAGUGAACUCUGCUGCCAGGAAUUGCUUGCUCAUGGAUUUGAUAUUGAUGAACAGAACAGUGAUGGCAACACCCCUCUCUUUUGUGCAGUCCAUGCCAAGCAGAUCAAAACCGCCAACUUUCUUCUGGAAUCUGGUUGUAAUGUAAAUGAACGUGGCCAGCAUGGAAUGACUGCACUAAAUGAGGCAGCUUUCAUUGGCCAUAUUCCUCUUCUCAAAACUCUUCUGCAGCAUGGUGCCAACCCAGGUUUGGAAGAUGACGUUGGCACUUUGCCAUUAUGGUUUGCUGUAGACAGCUGGUCACUAGAAACUGUCCGACUUCUUCUGGCCUGUGGCAGCCCCUUUCAUAUCUCUUCCUGCCUUAAUCCUCAGUGUGGACCUUGUUGCCCUCUACAACAUGCAGCCCAUCGUCAGAGAGACAUCUUUGUUAACUGGUUGCUAGCUGUGUAUGGGGAGGAAGCAGCUAAUCAUCUACGGCAGAGUCUUCCCAAACUGGAGAACUGUCCUAAUGUUCGGCCAUCAAGUCUCCAUGAAUGGAAGGAGCUAGUUGAACAGCCACAACCUUUGCUAGUGCAGUCUCGGUGUGCCAUCCGAAAGCUGCUCCCUAAGGACAAAUUGUUGUGCAAUGCUGAGGAUCUCCAGGAUCUGAAUGUGCCACAAGUGCUAAGAAAUUAUAUCAACCUCAGUGAGCUUCCAGAUAUGAAAUCUGCUGACACAUGUUGAAUCUUAUUUUUCUGAAAGUCCAGUCUGACCAUGUAAUGGCAAGGCGACUUCAUUUCAUAUGUUUCUGACCUCACACUGAGAGAAGUAAUAAAGCUGAUAUUUGUUACUGAUAUAUGGAUGUGUGUACUAAUAAUACACUCAUAUUACUUACUGUUUGAGGAUGCUGUUCAGUCCAAGAUCUGCUGAGUAAAAAACUUGUCAUGUAGGAAAAAAGCAUGCCUGAAAAUGAUCGGUUGUAUGUAAUAGUUCCAUUACAUCAAAAUAUUAAAAUCCUGACAUAUUUGUAAGUAGUUUGAAUUACUCAGUGCCAUCACCAAUGCUCAAAACUUGGAUACACACGCCACUCUUGUUUAAAGGUAAAGAAGUAAAAAGAAUCUCAUACCACAGGCCUGAGCAGGCUUUGAACUACCAUCUUUCUGCUCCACAGUCAAGCACACUAACCACCAGAAUACAGAGAUUCCUCGAUACUGAUUUCUUUUGGAAUUCAAAAAUGGAAACUUGUUUUAAAGGGAUUUUUGAUGGAAAAAUGUGAAACAUGAUUCUUCACCCAACACCAAAGGAUAUCUUUCUACCAUGAAGAAUAGAAGCUAUGUACAGCUGAAAGUGAGAGGCAUGAAAAUCCUAAUAACUAGUCUGUGAUGAACUUGCAAUAUAUUCAAGUUUUCUUCAGUAACAGCUCAUCAUGUUACACUAGCUUGUUUCCCCCAAAAAAUGUUCAUUAAUAUAGACAUCAGGCAGUCAGAUGUAGACAAGAUUUACUACCUGUUUAGGGUUGUACAUGUCAACUAAAAGGGUUGUUGACCAAUUCCACCUGGCUCCAUAGCAAGACUGCCACACAUAACACUUUUUAAAUAGCAAUAUACAAUAGAAAAAAGAUGCCAUUCCAUUUCACCCUUUUAUUCUGAAGAGCCCUGACACAGCACUUUCUCUAGUUUCUUUUGUUGAUAAGCACAAGAAAUGUCUGUUACUAAAUCUAAAAGGAACUGAAAAUGUGAAGACAAAAUCUCCAGCAGGACCCCCACACAAAGAUGGUCAUCUAAGACAGUGAUGAGCACCAGCAGUCUCUAACUCAAUCUGCUUCCUCAGAGGCAACUCUUCAUAAAGAGCAGAUUGAGAUAAUCAGCCUUACAACUUCACUAAGUAGAGCACCUACUGCGAACUGCUAAAAUAAUCUUGCUCGCAAACCCAGUGAUCGUCACUUCUUCAUCCCACCAUGUUAUUACAUCACUUGUGUUCUCAAUAGCUUCUGCUUAUUUACAUAUGUUUAAUAAAUAAUGUGUAUAUUUAUAUAAAUACAGGUGUAUGUAUGUGUGGAAAUGUGUGCAUAUGAAUUUGUCUAUGAUUUUGGAGCCAAAGCAGUUUUUGCUAUUUUGUGAUUUUUAACAGUGAUACCAAUUUGUUUUUUUCCCAAGAAGUGUGCUGGAAGAGAUGGCACAACUGCUGGACAUAAAUCUGAAAAAAGCAUUUUUUCCAAAUACAUUGUUGCCUUUUUUUUAUUUUUCGAUACCUUUGUACUGUGUUUGCACAAUGUGGUGACUCUAGCAUUGUUUAAAGCUCUGAGUAACAUGUUUGUGUUUGAAACAUUUGUCAUAUCAUUUGAAGCAUUUAUGACUAGGAUGUUUACUAAUAAACAGGCUCAUUUCCUUCCAAAAUAUUAAAUAGCAUUGAUCCUCAUUUAUCAAUAUAUUUUUUAAUUUUUAUCAAAAGCAGGUAAAGGUUAAAUCAUUCUGUACUGAUAAUUUUCAUAUUGCUUAAAAUAUUUGUCUGAUGUGAUUCUUUGAGUUUGAGUAAUUUUCCAACAUAUUUUUUAAAGAACAGACCUAUUUUCUAAUCCGCAAGAAUGUGUCACCAAGUAUUGUUGAAUCUAGUCAUAGGCAUCAGUCAAAGAUGACGAUUAUAGAGCAUCAGCACAGCACAGUGGAGGUCAAGGAAAAGAAAAUGCAAGAUCUGUGGCAUGUGUUCAGAAUGCUUAUAGAGUUUUGAAUACUUUUUAUCCUUAUUUUUGUGUAAAAUAUUACUUGUUCUAAUUAUUUAGUCUUGUGUUGGGACAUGGUCUUCUUGACCAUCAUUCAAAUUUUUAACGUUUACAUACUUUUGGCUGUUCACAUCCCAUUCAUAAGUAACUUUUUUUCUACGAGUGUCGCCAAAAAUAGAAGCUAGUUUCUGCUGUUACUUGAUUUUUUAAAUAACCUCCUUUAUCUGUAAAUGUAUAUUUGUUUACUAAUUUUCUGAUGUAAUGAAAAUAACUGUUAAGUAUAUUCACUUUUAUCUGUUUACAGUGUUUUGUAUUGAUUUUGAGAGUUAAUUUCUGUAACUUUUCUAUCUUGAAAAAAAGUGUAUCCAUUUAUAGGAGAACAUAUGUACAUUUAUGCAUUGUUUGAAAGCAUAAAUGUGGGUGCAUGGUUGCACACAUGCAGAUUAAGUACAAAUAUGGAAAUUUUUUUAGCCGAUGGCUGAUCACUUCUGAAUAUAUUACAGUUCAGAUGUUUCAAAGACUUUCAGAAAAUUUCCUUUCUCUGUUGCAGAGCGUAAAAGUAUAUUCUGAUGAAAGCUACCAAGAGAGUUUGGAUUUUGAGUUUUAUAAGACAAGUCCUAGUCUAAAAUUACUACAUAUGGAAUGAAAAGAUCCAAUUGCUGUAAAAAGACAAAGGUUGUUUUUUAAAACAAUUUAGUGUACAACUGCUAAUUAACAGAGUUGGAUUUAAUUGUUCGUUGCUUGCUUUUUUUAAAAGUCAGUAUUGAAGAAGUGUGUAAAAUAUAUAUUUUGUCUGUUGAUUUAAUGCACAACGUGAAAGUACAGUAACAGGCAAAAUAACCUGGGCAUGAGCUCUAAGCCUUUCUCUCUAUCUUUUUGUAACAGAGUGUACAUUAGCUUGUUUACUGACUAGGGCUCUCCGGUAACACCACCUUUUCAGUGCCAUUUGUGCAAUAUCAGAAUUAUUCAUUAACUUCAUAGAAUGAUGAAGAUGGAAUAUGGGAGGUGAGUGCUGAGGUAAAGUAAAAUGCUUUUGCUUCGAAACUGC